AUGGCAACCACCAGCAGGGCCAUCAUCUGUACCGGAAAGGGGCAAGCUGCCGUCAAGGAAGUGCCCGUCCCCAGCAUUCGCGAGGGACACAUUCUGGUCAAGGUCAAGGCGGUUGGUUUGAACCCAACGGAUUGGAAGUCAAUUCACAGUGGAGACGCGGAAGGCAAGAAGAUUGGCUGCGAUUACGCAGGCGUGGUUGAAGAAGUCGGCCCCGGUGUGACGAAGCCGUUGAAGAAGGGGGACCGAGUCUGCGGAUUCGCCCACGGAGCUAACGAUGCUGAGCGCGGUGCCUUUGGAGACUACAUCCUCGCAGAUUCUGACAUACAGUUGCAAAUCCCGGACAACGUCAGCUUCGAAGAAGCUGCCACUCUCGGGGUCGGCAUCACAACUGUCGGCCAGGGGCUGUACCAGUUCCUGAAGCUGCCCCUCCCAUCAAGCCCACUCUCCUCGCCCAAGCCCAUCCUGAUCAACGGAGGAAGCACCGCAACCGGGAUCCUGGGCAUCCAGUUCGCCAAACUCUCCGGGCUCACCGUCCUCACCACCGCCUCGCCCCACAACUUCGACUACCUGAAGUCCCUGGGCGCAGACGCCGUGUUUGACUACCACACCCCGGCCGAGGAGCUGGCCAAGGAGAUCAAGGCCCAGGCCAGCAACCACCUCACGCUCGCGUGGGACUGCUCGCCCACCCCCGAGUCCACCCGGGUCUCGGCACUCGCCAUGAGCGACUCCCAGCCAGGCGUCUACGGUGCCCUCCUGCCCGUCAAGGACGAGGCGCUCAAGUCCGCGAACCCCAACGUCUCCGGCGGGUCUACGAUGGGCUACACGGUCUUUGGCGAGGCGUUCAGCCGCCACGGCCGGGAUUACCCCGCCAAGGCCGAGGAUAGGAAGUUCGGCACGGCGUUUUGGGAGCUCAGCGGUGACCUGCUGUCGCAGGGCAAGUUCAAGGUUGCCCGGACGUCGGUCAACCAGGGCGGGGAGGGCCUGGGGGGAGUGCUGAAGGGGUUGGAUGACCUGAAGGAGGGGAAGGUGAGUGGCACAAAGUUGGUCUACACGCUUUAG